AUGCUUCGUAAACUACAACAACUAGAAGAUAACACUUCUAAGACUAAUACGCAGCUGGUGGUCGCGGAUUCUUCAAUGAGGAAAAGCGCAUCUUUUCAGAAUAUAAGAGAGUUGUCUGAAGAUUGUUCCUUCGAUUUGAAGCGAAGAGGCUCAGAUCCACGCUCCAUACCGGACAGCCCCGCUAACUCGAGGAGAACCCCCGGGGGAAGACGGCAGAAGCCAUGGGAACUACGGAGGUCAUCUACUCCUAUUCCGGGGGAACUGGAUGUGAGCUCUGUUCUUUGUAAGGCUCUAGGGAGAUUUUCACCAAAAGUGGGACACACAAGUGUUAAAGAAAAAGAAGAAUUGGAUGACUGA